AAUUAAUAUUAUUAGUUUUUAUAUUUCCUCUUUCUUCCAGUUUUCAGUUUUUUGACUUCUGAGAUUGCCAAAACCAAAUUUUCUAUUAUUACUUCAUCUAACACUAAUAACAGAAAACACUUCCUUUGCGUUUCCCAUAAUUAAUUCUUUCAGAAACCAUCUCUCACAGUACGUAAUUGUUGCAGAUAUAUAUGGAUCCUGCACAAGGCGUAGGCUUGUACCCUAUGCACCGCUGCAAAACAAUUCACUUGGUGAGACAUGCUCAGGGAUUCCACAAUGUGGCUGGAGUAAAGGACCACAGAUCUCCAGAUUUUUUCGACUCACAAAUUACCCCUCUCGGCUGGGACCAGGUGGAUAAUCUUCGUAAGCAUGUUCAUUCGUUAGGUCUUUCGACAAGUAUUGAACUAGUUGUUGUUUCCCCUUUGUUAAGGACAAUGCAAACAGCUGUUGGGGUGUUCGGUGGAGAAGGUUAUGUGGAUGGAAUUAUUGAUGUACCUCCGUUAAUGGCUGAAAACACUAACCGCCCACCUAUUUCAAGUUUAAAUUCUCCUCCUUUUGUCGCAAUGGAACUUUGUCGAGAACGUUUGGGAGUUAAUUGGUGUGAUAAGAGAAGGAGCAUAAGCGAGUACAUGACACUUUUUCCUGCAAUCGAUUUUUCACUGAUAGAAAGUGAUGCUGACACUCUCUGGGAACUUGACGUGAGAGAGACGGACGAAGAUCUUGCCAAGAGGGGUUUGAACUUUUUGAAAUGGUUGUGGACUAGGGAGGAGAGAGAGAUAGCAGUUGUUACUCAUAGUGCAUUAUUAAUGCACACACUUGCUGCAUUUGGAGAUGAUUGUCAUCCUUGCGUGAAGAACGAAAUGUGCAAACCAUUUAACAAUUGCGAACUUCGACCACUUGUUAUUGUUGACAGAAGCUACACAAACCAUUGAAAUCUCGACCAAUGAUUCAUCUCGCAUUAUUUAACAGGCGAUCUCUAUUGGAUCGAUUUAACAAUAUAGAGUGAAAACACGCAGCGGAAUAACUUAAAAUAGAGAGGAGGAGUAGUGGAGAGGAUAUAAAAUUAUAUUACUCACUCAAUCAACACGAAUAUAUAAACUCACUCAAGAACUCUCUUUUGA